CGCACUGUAUACCAUGUAAGCUUCAGUCUUCUUUUUUGUGUGGUACGGUUACGUCGCGAUUGUUAUUAUGUCGACAUCGAAACAUUCUAAGCGUUCGCGGUCGCCCGGAAAGUAUAAGGACGAAACACUUACUCUUCUGCGUAGGCUAGAGCGUCGGAUGGAUGCUUUCGAACGCAAAAGCUUUAAGAAAAGAAAGCGGUUGCCCUCUUCCGAUUCCAGUUCUGGGGAUUUUCCAACACCCCAAAAACGCGUUACAUUAGACUCGGAUUCCGAUGCGAGUGCACGCAGUGCUUUCUCCGAAGAUGACUUAAAUCAAGUGGAAGGCGACGACGUAGAGGAAGUACCGGCGCCACCAUCAACCUUGAACCAGGAUGUGCUAUCUAUACUCGGAAAUGAUUCGCAAUCCGAUAGUGUUAAAGGUCCACCUAUUCAGCAAGAAGUUACUGAAAGAUGGAUUAAUAUUUUUAAGCGGGGGCUGUCUGAGGACAAAUGUGUCGAAUUAAUUCAGAAAUACCCUUCUCCCGAAAACGCGGGGUUUUGGGACGCACCGAAGCUGAAUCUGGUAGUAAAACACGCCGUGACGGAUUCGGUGGAGAAACGAGAUUUUCGCCUUGCAAAAUUACAAACGCAGAUAAGCUCUGGUUUAGCAGCUAUAGGUUUAGCGCUUACACAGUUAAUCAACAAGGAAGGGGAUGAGUUUAAGCCACUCAUCGAACAAUUAAGUGAUGCGGGACGCUUACUCGCGGAUGUGCAUCAUCGAGAAAGUGUUUCCCGAAAGGAAUUAAUUUCCUUGAAUUUGAAUAGGGAUUGGAAGGAUACAGUCGCUGAAACCGCGAUAGAUUCUUGGUUAUUUGGCGAGAAUUUGGAAGAAAACUUAAAAUCGGCAAAGAAUUUGAAAAUUUCUUCCAACCAGCUGAAAUCCGUAAAGACAUUCCCUAAAAAAGUAAUUCACAGACCGGCGUUAAACUUCAAAGGUCCACCCCAAAAUCGUCAGGCGAAGGGGCAGGGUGGACGACAUCGGCAAGUCCCCACCAGCAGCAACAGCCAGUCAAGAACGGGGAGACGCAUGAAUCUGAUGAAUCGAGAUCCUCAGGGACAUCGGCGCCAUCUGUACAAGGAAACGAAAUACCAUCGCUUUUAGAGAAUCCGACAUCCGCUAGCAGGAAGUUUGUCGUUAAUGAGCGCGAAAUUAUACGGGAAGCGCUACGUCGCAGGAACGUGCCAGAAGAGAGCCUGGACAUAUGCGUAGCAUCGAUAUCAGAAGGAACGGUAAAACAAUAUAGAGGGGGGUUGAAACGCUGGUGCGAGUUCUGUCAGCGAAAAGGUAUUAACCCCCUCGUUGUUUUAGUAACAAACGUUUUGGAAUUCUUAACCGAACAAUUUAAUAUAGGUGCCUCUUUUGGUUCGCUCAAUACUUAUAGAUCGGCAAUUGCUCAAUUAGGGGGACCCCAAGUGAGUCAAGAUUAUAGGUUAAAAAAGUUCUUUAAGGGUGUUUUUAUGCUUAGACCGACUAAACCUAAGUACGACAAUAUUUGGGAUCCGGCAGUCGUCCUAGAUUAUUUAAGGGGACUUAAAAAUUCGGAAAUAAGUAUUGAUACAUUAACGCACAAACUUACAGCCUUGCUAGCGCUGGCAACGGGUCAAAGGUUACAAACCUUAACGUUAAUAGAAAUUUCAAAUAUUUAUAGGGACACCAAAGGCUUAACUAUCACGAUACCGAGUCGGAUUAAAACAUCAGGCAGAAAUAGAUUACAACCGGUAUUAAGAUUGCCUUUUUUAGAUUUGGAUCCGGAGAUUUGUGUAGCUCGAACCGUUUUACUAUAUAUAAAUAAAACAGAAGUUAGGAGGGGAUCAGUUAGGUUUUUGAUUUUAUCAACAAGAAAGCCGUUCCACAAGGCAACUGCACAAACCCUUAGCAGAUGGAUUAAGAUUAUUUUGCAAAAAAGUGGCGUGGACGUUACAAAAUUUUCUGCCUAUAGUACCAGACAUGCAGCAACAUCUGCUGCUAGUAGGAAAGGGCUUAACUUUGAUACUAUUCGGUUAUCGGCGGGGUGGUCCCAGAAUUCCAAUAUGUUUGCUACGGUGUACAAUAGACCUAUAUGUUCGGACAAAUCUUUCGCUGAAACAGUGUUAGGAGAUUAAGGAUAGUAUCUGCUUUCGAUUCCUUAGAAUUAAGACAUAUGUAAACGUUAUGUAAAUAAACGUUCAUGGUUGUCGCAACGUCUUUAAACAUCUACAUUGUGCUUAUUUACGAGACGAGGUCGAAUAUAAUCAUAAGAUCAAACGAACUUACCCAAGUGAUGUUCGAUCUUGAUUAUAUGAAGACCUCGUCGAAGUAAAUAAGGUCCCACCACACCCUCUGGAAUUUGCCCCGGUUGGGUUGCGACAAGCUACUUUAAAGAAACUGAAGCUUACAUGGUAUACAGUGCGGGGCGGAGCAUGGAGAGAAACGCGAGCUUUAAAAUUGUGACGUAUCCCACAGGAAUGAAGGUACUACAUUG